UGACACAACGAGUAACGAAGGGUGAGGGGAUGACCUGCCACGGAGUAUAACGUUGUGAGUAGCUGGAAACAUGCGUAGCAAAACGACAGGGGCGUGAGCAACAAGGCGAGACCACCGCUGGCAUAUUCCAGGUCCUCGCCAUCCACCCGAGAUUCGUCUUGUCGCUAAAUCUCUCUAUCCACCCUCUUCCCCUCCUCCUCAUAUGACCACUUCGUCACUGCCACGCCGUACCUUUACCGCCUCCACUCGCUGCUCAACGCUAACCUGUGCUGCUCUCACUCGCUCUCACUCACUCCAUCUCUCGAUAGCGCGAGUGCGAUCGCCUUUGUCUGAUCGGCUGCGGACAAUCUCGUGAUCCCGCAGGUGGAAGUCUCAGGUUUGCGAAUUUUUCGGGAUUUGGUCGUUUGAAACUCGGCGGUCUACGUGCGUUUGAAAUUGCAUCGAAGGUUGGUUUGCCUAGCGAGGUCAGCAAAAGCUCGUGGAUUAUGGGUGCAAGGCCUUUGUUGCCCUUUUCGACUGCAAAAGUUUUCUUUCCUUGGUGAUCGAGCUCGAGGUUGCAUACCGUUGUUGCUGUGGUGUUCUCGUUGCUGGAAUGUGCGGGCGAGUGUUUGCCGCACGUCGUUGGCGCACAACUUGAAACUUUUUAGCUUUGCUGAUUCAUAUAAAAUUUCGCACCCGCUACGGACUUGCUGUUGUAUCCUAGGUAGUCUCAGCACCUUGCAAGUGCAUUGUGCAUCACCAGUGCCUUUCCCAGUUUGAUUGCAAAGCGAUGUGAAAUUAAGAUAAUCGAGCAGCAAGAUAAUGCAUCAGCACCUGGACCCAACAUAUUUCUACCUCUAUUUCAAAUCUUCUGGAAAAGUACAGUCUGACGCUGGUCGAGGUCAGCACAAGGAAAAAGCUUUCGUCCGUGCUAUUCAGAUGUGGAAACUUGGAUUGGUGUUACGCAAGUACCCUGGCCCCUGCCCUUGACAUCAGAUGACUUGCACGCCACCCCGCGAAUCAGUUGUCGAUAAUCUGUUUCGAGGUAGUACCGUAGAAUAGCAAUAUCAGAGAUCGGAUUGCGACGUUUUCUUUAUUUCGUCAUGGUUUCCUAGGACUGUGACAAUCUUGCGCAACACCGUUUCGACAUAUUGCAGUAACUUUAGUAUUAUUCGGCGUGAAGUUUCUUAUCUCGAAUUCUGCCAUUCCCAAAACUGGUACCGCAACACACCGAAAGGGUUAGAAUUGUGGAGCUCAACUUGGGGAGCAUUCAAGCCGUUUGUUGCCCUGGUACCCCUCGUGGCGGCAUAUGGUACAUUACAGGCGCUGUCAUGGUCUUUAUGUUACUCUGCUCUUUGCGUCCCUAUUCCAGAGAUUACUUGAGCAAUACUUUCUACUUCAGUGUUCUAAGAGCCCUUCCAAAGACAUCAUAAUAGAUCCCAGUAGCCAACCUGUUUUCAAGUUCGGCAAAAACUAUGUGUUCUUGCAUUUUGGGGAGGUGAUCUCUUAGACUUUAAUUUCGUAACGUCAUUGCACUCUAGGCCUGAUUCCUGGGCCUUUGACUGGGACAUCAAGUUGAAUUGGCCAUGCUCUACCCUUUCCGGUACUCAGCUUAGAAAACCCAAUCCAAGGAAACUUUUGUUCGUGUGGGACCAUCCGUUUCCGUUUCACUUUCGACCUCUAUCUUUAAAGUUAAAUUAUCCAAUUGACGAAUCAUCUCUGGAAUAUUGGCAACUUCGAGGCAAUCGAGAUUCACAGCACACCAAGAGAUUCCAGAGCUGAAGUAUAUAACAAGGACAUUCAAGUGAGCCAAUUGGACACUCCAAUUCCACAAGUGGCCGGCAUAGAACGAGAAAAAUAACAGUCGUAAGUAUCAGCAGUGGCGAUGUACCAGAUGAAGAAGUAUUCGAGCGUUGGGUUGGUUCCACAUCGGCAGCACCAAGUGUCUCCAUAUGCCUCCGCUGUGUCCUGUGAGGAAAUGAGCCCCACAGACCCCAAACCUCGACUGCGAUGGACUUCCGAGCUGCACGAGCGCUUUGUGGACGCUGUCACUGAGCUCGGUGGCGCUGACAAGGCUACACCGAAAUCUGUAAUGAGAGUCAUGGGAGUGAAGGGUCUUACUCUUUACCAUUUGAAGAGCCAUCUUCAGAAAUACAGGCUUGGUAAACAGCUUCAUAGAGACUCCCGUGUUCAUGAAGCUAACAAGGACGGCAGUCAUGAGUCUUCAGACAUGCAGGGAACGAGUAAUGGUACAUCUGAUGGUACCCUGACUCCAACAUCGCAGAAUCCGCAAGACAAUAUUCAGAUUCCUGAAGCUAUGCGCUUGCAAAUGGAAAUCCAAUGUCGACUCCAUGAACAGCUUGAGGUUCAAAGGGAACUUCAGUUGCGAAUAGAGGCGCAAGGAAAAUACCUGCAGACCAUCUUGGAAAAGGCGAAAGAAACGUUAGCUGGCCAUACGUCGACAUCUCCGCACGUGAAAGCCGCACACGAUGAGCUAACGGAAUUGGCAUCCAAGGUUAUCAGUGAUCCCGGCACCUUUGAGGUCACUCUACCUCAACAUCUGGCUGGUUUGAACCCUCCUCAGCUAUCCAAUCAUGCAUCAGACUCGAUGCAAGUUGUCAGCAACCGAGUACAGGACGUCACCUCGCCCUCGUUGCCAGGGCUGCAAUCCGGCCGCACGUCAGACACCUCGUCCCCGAAAUCUCAGCUCACUACCUUUCAGGAAGACAGUGGGGGUGUCUCUGGCGGGGGCGAGCAACCAACUGUGCCAGGUGGCAAUAGCAACACUGGCAACCAAAUGCAACUCUCGGCUGGCGGCAACAGCAGCAGUAACAACGACGAGGUCGACGACGAUCAUGGUCCUCGACUUGCGAUUAGCGCGACAGAGUUCGGAGCAUCAGCAGGGCCAGGUGUCCCCCCCGAGCGGCCAACUCCUCGUCGUGGCGCCAUCCCUAUCCGGUUCACUGACUCCCAGAAGAAUAACAACGACAACAGAUUCCAUAGCAACGUUAUCGCUGCAUCCUUCCCGCUGCAACAGCGCAUGUCCUCAACUGUGAAUGCUGAAGGCGCCCUCGACUUGAACCAUGGCGACCACCAUCACUCCCACACAAAUAGUUCCAACUCAAACGGGAACAGUAUUCAGCCCGAGCGUGACGGUGACUUGGAUCUCAACGCCGUGGGCUGGGAACGCUAAGUUUCGUCCUGUUUCCCAUCUCAAUUGCUGUACUCGAAAUUGUUGAAGAAGAAUCCUCAGGUUUCUGAUGCUUAUUCGUUCCACAUAUAUUCACAAAUCCAUUCAUGUGUUCCAUUCUUGUGGUCGUGAAGUCUUGAGGGGCUGUACUUCUAAGUACUUUCCUUGUAGCUUUAGGAUUGUGCACUGUUUGUUUAGGAUGAAUGGAGUUUUUAAGGAUGCAAUUGCUAUAUCGUCGUUUCGUCUAAAUAUCGUGGCAUUAUGUCCUAGUGUUAGAUUUUAGCCUACUUCUAGAUGAUCGACGUAUGAAGGGAAUUGGACCCACCAGGUUGCUCUGGAUAAAUGAUGCAUGAUUUUCUCGAUUGAUGCUUCCUCGUUUCA